AUGAAUUGGACGGGGUUGUAUGGACUUCUUCUCCUUCUCCUUCUUCUACUACUACUCUUCAACAAUGGAGCAUCACAAGCAAUAAUCAAGACUCUUCCGGGUUAUGAGGGUACUCUUCCUUUCAAACUCGAAACUGGAUACAUUGGCGUGGGAGAAAAUGAUGAAGCACAACUAUUCUACUAUUUUAUUGAGUCCGAAAACAAUCCUAACACUGACCCUCUUUUGCUUUGGAUGACCGGUGGACCUGGUUGUUCUGGUUUAUUUGGCGUCGUUUAUGAUAUUGGUCCAUGUACUUUUGAUGUUGACAAUUUUGAUGGAAGCUUACCAUCUAUUCUCCUAAAUCCAAAUUCGUGGACUAAGGUUGCCAAUAUUAUAUUCAUAGAUUCGCCUGUAGGUACUGGGUUUUCAUAUGCAAACACUUCACAAGAUUACUAUCCAUCGGACAUCCAAUCAACAAAAGAUAUUUAUACAUUUCUUAGGAAGUGGUUAUUGAAUCAUCCCGUGUUUAUCAAAAAUCAUCUAUAUAUCGCGGGUGAAUCAUAUGGUGGCAAACUUGCUCCCAUGGUUUCCAUGGAAAUACUAAGAGGAAACAAAGCACGACUUCAACCACAAAUGUCCUUCCAAGGAUACAUUAUCGGCAACGGACUAACAGAUCCAAACAUUGAUUUUAAUGCACGAAUUCCAUUUGCUCAUGGCAUGGCACUUAUAUCUAAUGAACAUUAUGAGUUAGCAAAAAUUAGCUGUGAUGGAAAAUAUUAUAAUCGUGAUCCAAAUAAUUUACAAUGUCUUAAUGCCCUUAAACGGAUCCAAGAGUGUCUAAGUCAUAUAAACCAAGUUCACAUUUUGUAUCCAAAAUGUGAUGACAGCACACCAAAACCAGAUGAUUUUGGAUGGAAUCAAACAUUUCAGAUAGACAAUUCAGUUGACCUUCUUAUCCUCCCUACAGAAGAACAAAAGUGCCAUGAUAUCGAUUAUACAGUAUCUGAUUAUUGGGCAAAUGAUGUGACUGUUCAAGAAGCUCUUUAUGUUAGAAAGGAAAUGAUAAAAAGGUGGAAAACGUGCUAUUAUGGAAUAUCCUAUGAAAAGAAUGUAGAAAGUGCUCUUGAAUAUCAUAAAAAUUUCACCAAGAAAGGAUACAAUGUUUUGGUAUUCAAUGGUGAUCAUGACAUGGCCGCACCAUAUAUGGGUCCUUUAAAUUGGAUUCCCAUUCUUAAUCUAACUAUUGAUGACAAUUGGAGACCUUGGCUUGUUAAUGGACAAGUUGCAGGGUACACAGAGAAGUACAAGAAAAAUAACUUCUAUCUCACAUUUGCGACAAUCAAGGGUGCAGGACAUGCGGCAUCAAGGUUUAAGCCUAAAGAAAGUCUAGCGAUGAUCACCCGGUGGCUCUCUAGAAGUUCUUUAUAG